AUGUCCAUUGAACCUUUUACUAUCCCAUCUUUUACAUCAGAGCAGCUAUCUCUUUUAAAGGACAAGCUGAGUAAGACCUUGUAUCCAAACGAGCUCGAGGUCGAUGUCGGCUGGACAUACGGUGCGCCUACUUGGGCAGUGAAACCUCUUGUCAAAGCAUGGCUCGAAGAUUUUGAUUGGGAAAAGCCGCGUAAAGAAAUGAAUCAGUGGCAUCAUUAUCGCACAACCAUCCAAGGCCUAAAGAUCCAUUUUGUUCACGAGCCAUCCAAUCAUCCUGACGCUGUCCCUCUUUUGCUGAUCAAUGGAUGGCCUUCAACAUUUUACGAGUAUCACAAAGUAAUCCAACCUCUUCGUGAUGGUGAACUUGGUGGACAGCCCUUCCAUGUGGUGGUGCCAAGCUUGCCAGGUUACGGUUUUUCUGAUCCCCCCAAACUCAAGGGCCAUGGUAUCGCCGAGAACGGAGAGAUUCUUGCCGAGUUGAUGAACGUUCUUGGCUACGACAAGUAUUUGGUACAUGGCUCAGACUGGGGCUCGGUUAUUGGUAGCUCCAUUGCCGUGCAACACAAGCAGCAAUGUAAAGGUUAUCAUACGGUGAUGCCCAUGGCCACUCCUCCCAUACCAACCCUUGGCAACAUCCUAUUUCAUCCAUUCAAGGUGGCAAAGCUAUGCGCAAGCAUGAUUGUCGGGCCUGAAAGUGUCUAUGGGGCAAGCGAAUUUAGAUUCAAAGGCAAGAAUUUUGCCGACGUGGUCAAUGAUGAGGAUGCAGGCUAUCGUGCCAUACAAGGAACACGUCCUUAUACAUUAUCACAAGGUCUCACUGACAGCCCUGCUGGUCUCUUGAGUUGGAUGCUUGAAAAAUUUCACGCUUGGACGUAUCACCCAGCACAAAAGCAAGAUACUGAAGCACUACCUGAGACCAUCACAACCGAUGAAUUCUUAACGCACGUCUCAAUUUACUGGCUUACUCAAACAAUGGCAUCCUCAAUGCGUAUAUACUAUGAAACGAUGGUGUUAGUAAGACAUUUAACAGGCCCAGCACACCCACGUGUAGAGGUCCCUACUGCCGUAGGCUACUUUCCGGCAGAGAUGAGCCGAUUCCCACGAGAAUGGCUUGAAUACGGAACCAAUUUGCAGCAAUGGUCCGAAUUUGACUUGGGUGGUCAUUUCCCAGCCAUGGAAGAGCCUGAGCUUUUUGUUACCGACAUCCAGAAGUUCGGAAAGAUGUUGAAAUCCAGAAAGGCAUUCGAUUAA